AUGAAGCCUCUCUGGGCUUUUUUCAUAUCAAGCGUUGUCAUUCCUUCCAGUUUUCAGACAUGCAUUGCUACAAAACUCCCAUUCAACAGCACUCUGCCAGCAAACGUUGUCAACAGCACCUCAACCCCAAACAUCUCCAUCUUUGGUGACACGUCAAACAUCUUUACAUCAUGUUCAGCCAGCGUGGCCUCCUGGCUUGGAUUCGACAAACCGGUCCCCGACGAGUUCAUCAACAGCUGCAGAACAGCGACCAACUUGCUGCAAGCAGACAUCAACAAUUACGGCAGCAGAGCCCUCGAGUUUGCACCUCGCUGGCGGAGGGGAACGCACGGCUUGGAAGUAAUACGAACACCGAUAAAGUACACCGCCGGCACAAAUUUCGUCUGCACCAUUACUGUUGUCGACAUGGAUAUCGUACCCCAGAGAUAUGUGAAGCCUGCCCGAUAUCGUAUUACGGAUGUCGCAACUUUCUACGACAUUCGCAAUGCGCUCUCUGAGAUCUGGAUGCACUGUUUGUAUGGACCAUCUGAACGACAGGUUGGGUAUGCGGUUACUGGCCUCGGUAAUUCUCUCGGUGUUUUCGUGUAUGGUCAACAUGCGUCAAUAGCAUUUGGUAUGCCAAGGACUCCUAUUUCAAUGCCACUGCCGGCUUUUGCCAUGGGAGAUGGUGAGCAGUUGGAUCCUUCUGGACUUGUCUUAGAAGAUAAUCUCCCAACUGGAUAA